AGUUCCUUUCGGCUUUCACUGCAUUUCCUCUACUCUCUCUCCCUCUGGAAAAGCUUCGUUAGCUCCGCUCUGCAACCUUCUGAGUCUCUUUCCUAUAAGACUCUCUUUAUCGGUUCCUCUUUGGGACUUUCCCUCUCUGCCAUCCACUCCUUUGUUCGGCUGUCGCUAAAUAUUCGUCUGAUUUCGAAUAGAUUCGUUGCAUUUGAUGCUUCGGUUCGAUUUGUUUCUUCGAUUCAAGCAUUCGUGGCACGAAAUGAGGAUUCGAUCUUUGCGUGUCUUUAGGGUUUCGAAGUAGCUUGGCUUCCAUGGCUAUCAGAGGAGUAGAUUUCAAGUGGUAUGAUGGGUUUUUCUUGUCAAUGCUUGCGACAAGUGUAAUCAUAGUGGCAAUCAAUUGGAGACGGUACCAUCUUUGUACAUACCCAUUGCAUAUAUGGAUUGUGGUUGACUACACUACUGUGUUUGUGUUUCGGCUGCUGAUGUUUGUAGAUAAUGGGCUUGCUGCUGGAAUGGGUUUGGAUUUUGGGCGGCAGCAGAGAUAUGCUCGCUUUUGUGGAAGAGUUGUGGUUCUUUCAAUUCUUUCUCUGCUACUUUAUCCCUUUCUUUGGGCUUGGACUAUAAUUGGUACCCUGUGGUUCACAAGUGCAAGAGACUGUUUGCCUGAAGAAGGUCAGAAAUGGGGUUUCCUCAUUUGGUUGCUUUUCAGCUAUUGUGGGCUCCUUUGCAUUGCUUGCAUGUCCAUGGGGAAGUGGUUGACACGAAGACAAGCACACCUAUUACGUGCACAACAGGGGAUUCCUGUCUCAGAAUAUGGGGUUUUGGUUGACAUGAUUCGGGUACCAGAUUGGGCGUUUGAAGCUGCUGGUCAAGAGAUGAGAGGCAUGGGCCAAGAUGCAGCUGCAUACCAUCCUGGACUUUACUUGACCCCAACUCAGAGAGAAGCUGUGGAGGCAUUGAUUCAAGAACUUCCCAAGUUCAGGCUAAAAGCUGUUCCUACUGAUUGCAGUGAAUGCCCUAUCUGCUUAGAAGAGUUUCGUGUGGGGAAUGAGGUUCGCGGCCUUCCUUGUGCUCACAAUUUUCACGUCGAAUGCAUUGACGAGUGGCUUCGAUUGAAUGUGAAGUGUCCACGGUGUCGUUGCUCUGUCUUCCCAAAUCUUGAUUUGAGUGCCCUAACCAAUCUCCGUCCUGAUUCGGAACGCUCAUCUGCCAGUGUUGUGACUUCCACUCGGUAUGUGAGGACUCAAACCUCCAGCCAGAGCUAUCUGCUGAGAUUGCAGGGUCUUCUACGCCCAGUUCGUGCAGAAAAUGCUGGGGCGGGCAGUGAUGCAGAUACUGCUUUGGAAACUGCUGAGAAUGGAGGUGUAGCGGUGGCAACUCAGGACCCCACCAGCAUCGAACCACCCUUUGUUGAACAUGUGUGUAUUCACUCCUUCCAGCCUCAGCAGUAAACUGUUCCUCCAGUUGUCUCAUACAGGUUCCUCCGAUUCUCAUAUAGGUCUUACGUCAUGCCCUAACAUGGGUUCUUCCCAUUCUUGAUUUUUGUGCUGGGUUCUCAUUGUAGUUCAGAGAAUCUUUUGAUUGAAUCACAUAAGUUGGUAAUGAUAUAUUUGAUUUUUUUUUUUCCUUUUUUUGGCUGGCCAUUGGAAUUUAGGUAUGUAGUCGUGUUGUAACUUGUGACUGCAGCCCCAUUUUCUUCAAUAUUUUUCUUUUCCUUGUUUACAUGGUUCUGCUUUUUGGGGACUGCCGGAUCCUACCCACAAUCAUUUCUCAUCCACCCUAUAGAUCAUGUAAAUUAUGAAAUUUGUAUUUGCCCGCACUUCUAAGCAAAGUGUUUUACCUGUCAUCGUGGCUAUUUAUAUUAAUAUAUUGAGACUCCCAGUUGCUUCC